ACAAAUUGCUCGGUAACAUCAUAUGCUUGGAGGAGAGAAAUAAUAUGUGUGUUGCGUGAGCAUAAACAUAGUUUAUUUGUUCGUUUCGUUUUAGUAGUUUGCUGCUGCACCUUUCCGUCAGCCGUUUUUCCCGUGUCUGUGUCGUUCUGUAGUGGAUAAACAAUCGCUUGAGCCGCUUGUUACCUGUUAGCGCCUUCGAUGGAUCGUAAAUGCUACCAAGCGCUAGCUGAUGCAGUAUUAAUCGCAGUGCGAUUCAUACAGCCAAAGUGAUCUUUAUCGGUGAAUUGAAACUGUGGCUGCUUCCUGUUUAAGUGUUAUUCCCUCCAAAACACAGACCGACAGGCACGAAACAGAAGAAGAGUCGCGACAGUUGUGUUGGUUCUGUGAUCAUUCUCCUCAUUAGUGCGUGGCAGUGCAGUGUUAUGCUUGAAAAGAAUAGUGCGAUACAUGCUUAGCUUCCCUAUCGUAAAGUGUGCAAUAGAAAAACAUUAGCAACAGCCUCAGACAGCCGAAGACCAGUGCUAUCGUCUGGAUAAGAAGCAAUAUUCGUUACGGAUCCUCCGGGUAGGCAACACAUUAAUCUCUCAUUAAGCUUGCGACAGUGCCGGCAUUAGUCGCAACCAGAAAAAAUAUUGGCCCGAAAAGUUUCCACCACCAGCAGCAGAAGUAAAUAGCGGCCAACAAGAGCUAGCGCGACGCAUCGAAACGGUGAUCGUUUGUGUGAUUUACAGUAGCUCUCGCUUGGAUUUGUAAUAAUUUGUAUAAUUGGUUCCAAGUGCGACAACGAAUGCACAUCCUUCGGCGGCAGCUCACCUGUGGUGCGGUGCUUUAACGCGUGUUGAAACUGUUUUCAUUUGCAUAAACUUUACCCAGGCGCGCGCACUACUUGGAAGUGUCCACCGAUCGCUGGGACACUGGGCGAGUGAGCAAAUGCGAAGAAAUAAAUGUGUCCUGAAAGUAAAACACGGUGUGUUGCUGGUGUUGCCUGCCAUCGUCAUCGCCGUGCGCACGGUAGCAAUGUGAAAUCGAGUGAGAACUGGCUGCCGUUUCCCGUUAGCGAUUCACUGCUGCCCUGUUCGGUGUUUCAACGUUGAACGAAACGACGUUGCGAUCUGUGUGACGCAUGUGAAUACCCCAUUCAUUUAUUUCACUCAAGUGCCAGAAGUGGUGGACGACAGCGAAAAGGGGGUCCGAAAAAACUAUAAUCGUUAAACGGUAUCGGCUUGGACGGCCGGGGGAAAGUAAGGCAAACGCUUGUGGACAAGAAUAUAAAUUGAGUUAAAAGUUUGUCCAAAAACAGGAGCCGGGUCUUGUUUGUCCCGCAAAAACAGCAGCCCUCAUGAACGAAUCAAGCAUUGUCACGGAGCGGAAGGGAGUGGAAGAUAAGAUGGACGACAAUGAAAAUUACAUCGAGUGUUCGAAGAUGAACUUUUCUCAGUUCACGAACCCAUUCGCUGGAUCGAAUCAGUUUACGGCAGGAAAGUUUCCCCAGAAUCUUACCACAACGGCCUCUAAUGGACAGGUGCUGGGAUUGGUGUCCGGAAGCGAAGGAGCCAUGCAGUUCCUUCGGCCAGUGGAUGGAACCGCCGUCAGUGCAGCUUCCGCAAUGUUUCAUCAGCAACAGUCGCAACAGGGACAGAUCGUAACCACGGCCGGGAUGCCGCACCCAGGAAUGACCUCACCCGCCUACAUUACCCUCCCCAUCACGAUGCCCGGUGCAAAGCCGGGUGAUGCACAGCAAACCGUCCAGAUUCAGGUGUUAAACCCAAACCCACUACCAUCGCAAGUGGCAGGAUCGGGAGCCGGCCAAGGCCAGACCGGUUCGUCACCGGGGUCGGGAACACUUCAAACGCCCAAAUUUCAGAUGGGCCAAAUGCAGAUUCCCAUUCAAGGGUUUCAGCAGGGCACCACGGUGCUAACGGUGGCCUACAGUCCGCAAGACGAAGAAGUCCUUCACAAUCAAGGACUCCCGGAGGGGAUGACAAUAGUGGCCGCCCUACAGCCACAAGACUUGCAGUUACUCGCUUCCCAAAAUCCCGGUUCCACGACGAUCCUGCAGCAGCAUCAACAGUCGAACCUAUCCUCCAAUAACGCCUCCUCGCCGGGUGGCGUUAAGAUUGACAGUGAAAAUCCUCCGCCAUUGCGACAGAUUAAGCAAGAAUCUUCAUCCAUCUGGAAUCAGCCGACCUCGAUGCAUUCGACCAGCAAUAUCCUAGAGAUGGUGCAACAGCAGCAGCAACAGCACCAGCUACAUCAACUGCAACAGCAGCAACAGCAGCAGCAGCAACAGUCGCGCACUCCGCAAAAUCUCAACCUGCAGCCAUACUUAAAGUUUAACAACAAUAACAACAACAACAACAACAACGGCACAACAAACCCAGCGAUGGCGACCAUUAUGAAUGGCAGUCACGUCCUGCAGCAGCUGGUGCUACCGCCCGGCGUUACUAUAGGUCCCGGCAUCAUCAAGCAGGAGGUGACGGACGACCAUUCGAACGAAAACACACAGUUCGGACCGGCGGACAGUUCGGGCCAGGGCGAAAAUGGGGCGGAAGGUUCACCGGACCAGGCACGUAGCGUGUCGGGCAUGAAUGGGCGCGACCAUGAGCACGAGCCGGGAGAAAACGGGGACGGAACGGGUGGCGGUAAUGGGGGCACGACGGCCAGCGGGAAGGCACGUAAGAAACGCAAGUACAAAACGAAACCACCGAAACCGAAGCGGCAAAAACCGGGCCAGGUACACAUUGCAACCGCAAUCGACGGGACGGUACUGUUCUGCUGCCCCGAGUGUCACAUGGCCUACCCGGAGAAGGAAUGUCUCGAGCAGCAUCUGGUGGUGCACAAGAUCGAGCGACGGUUCAUAUGUGAUAUCUGCGGUGCUGGGCUGAAGCGUAAGGAGCACCUGGAGCGGCACAAGCUGGGCCACAAUCCGGAGCGGCCGUUCAUUUGUAAUGUGUGUGAGAAAGGGUUUAAGCGGAAGGAACAUCUCAAUUUGCACUACGUCAUACAUAGUGGCGUUAAGACGGAGAUCUGCAACGACUGUGGGAAGGGUUUCUACCGAAAGGAUCACCUCCGGAAGCACAUCAAGUCGCAUCUUACCAAGCGGCUCAAGGAGGAAAAGGCCUCCAAUCGCAAUAAUAAUAAUAAUAAUAAUAACAGUAACAGAAACGCAACGAACGGUGCUGCAGGCAACAACACGGCCACAACGACCAUAGCCAACGGUGGUACGCCGAGCACGUCGAUAGCCACGCUACCGCCCGGUUUGACAAUAACGACCACCAGUGGGAGUGGGCCAGGGACCAGUGAUACUGUCGAUGCAGUGGUCCAAUCGGUCGCCACUGGACAGCAGAGCUCAUCGACGCAAAACCUUUUACAAAGUGCAAUAAGUCUUCCGCAAAGUGUAACGAUACAUGUACCUACGGCCGACAACCAAACGCUUCCGGUCCAGAUCUCCUUACCUCAUCUGGUGGCCCAACAACAGACGGACACGGACGGCAACACGAGAACGGUGCUUGUGUCGAAUUCGCCCGAGAAUCUGCACCAUCUGCACAGUACGAUCAGCACGUCCACAUCCACCACGACCAGUUCGCCCUCGUCCGUGACCACCGCGUUAUAAUGAUGCCUUCGGUGGUCCGCAGCCGACCGUUGGAGUCGUUGGUACAAAAGGACGCAGCAGCCACCUGUGGUUGUUACUCGGAAAUACUCACCUAAUCGCGCGCGCGCGCGCACACACAUACAGCAGGAUGCAGAACCUCGAAGGGGCGUCUUACACCUAGUGGCAUUUGUCUAUUUUGCUUCAUUCGGAUUGGAUUUAUCGUUAUCUACCAGCGUCGUUCGGUAAAUGAUCGAUUGCUUUUCUCGUCCUUUUUGAACCAUUUACCGUGGUUCGGUUGCCGUGCGGUCGGUUGCAUUAUUCGUAAAACGAUAGCUGUUCGGUGUUUUAUGUUAGGAUCGUAUUUUUUAAAGAAGUAUUUAACAGAUUACCAACUUUUAGCAUUGCGAAACACCACUCAUAAGUAUAUUUAUUUUAACGCCGCGCAAAAAGAAACCCACGCACGCAUCACACGGUCACAAUCAAACGACGUUAGGAUUGACCCAAAGGAUUGUGUCUUCGUUCUUCUUAAUCGUUGUUGUUAGAUUAUCUCGCUAGGUUUGUUUUCUUUUUUUUUAUUUUGUAGUUGUGCGUUUUCGUUUUUUAACUUAUUCGUACGCAUCGUUCGCAGAGGACGAUCGCGUUCUGUUGUCACAUACGGCCGGCACCCCCGGUAGUAGUUAAGGGUGCGCGGCUGAUAACAAAUGUACAGAGAAGUCUUUUGAUCGGGGAGAGUCGAAAAAAGGUUUAAUACUCGAACCAGUUUUACUUUUAUACGUUUAUCCAUUUAUCUGCUUAGCUGGUGUCCCGGCCGGAAGCAAAGACACCCCAGCACAAUAGGGAACAGAUUUUUUCUUUGUACAAUGCGACAUUGUAUAUACGUGUAAGAAAAGAUGAGUAUAGAUGAUUUCAUAAGAAAGAUGAAAAUAAAAGAAGUAUUAUAUUUUGAUAAC